AUCAUACUGGGCGGCACGUUGCGCUACUGGUGCUACAAGACGCUAAACAAGUACUUUACUUUCCGACUCGACAUCAAAUCCGACCAAAAGCUGAUCAAAAAGGGACCGUACAGAUACUUGGCCCAUCCUUCUUACUUUGGCAUCUUUCUUUGCAAUGUGGGAGUCAUAGGUUCGCUAGCUGGACCUUUCAACGUUUUGCUGAGCUUGCUGAGCAAGGAAGCAUCCGAAGCGCUGCCCGGCAUCUUGGCGAGCACGAGUCCUCACUCUGUAGUCAGGUCCCUCUUGACCUUGCAAGCGCUCGCAGGCAUCUGGUCCGCCUACACCUUGGUCUUGCUUCGCGUACCCGACGAAGAGAACAUGCUCAGAAAGCACUUUGGCAAAGAGUACGACGAGUAC